AUGUAUCCUUCAUAUGUGUCUAAGGUUACCAUCAUCAACCAGCAGCAUUAUCCUAUUUCUGGCGCUUUAGCACUACUGAUCCUUUUGAGUUUCGCAAUCUUUGUUGCUUGCCGAAGCAAGAAAGGAAGCAAAGGAUAUUCGAGAUAUAAAUCUUCAGAUCCCGCCUCAGACCUUGAGAUAGGGCGGAGUAGGCUGUUUGGAAUUCUAGUGUUCUCCUACUCUGAACUUGAAGAAGCUACAAGCAAAUUUGAUCAUUCUAAAGAACUUGGAGAUGGUGCUUUUGGCACUGUUUACUAUGGGAUACUUGGGGAUGGAAAAGAAGUUGCUGUGAAGCGCCUUCAUGAGCGCAACUGCAAGAGAAUGGAGCAGUUUGCAAACGAAAUCUCAAUUCUCACCCGGUUGAAGCACCAAAAUCUUGUUACACUAUAUGGUUGCUCGACUAGACAUAGCCGUGAGCUCCUCUUUGUGUAUGAAUACAUUCCAAAUGGAACAAUUGCAGAUCACCUCCAUGGCAAAAGAGCAGCGGAUCGACUGCUCACAUGGCCAAUCCGGAUGAAGAUAGCAGUGGAAACUGCUGCAGCAUUGGUUUAUCUCCACGCUUCAGACAUAAUACACCGCGAUGUCAAGACUAGUAACAUACUUCUUGACAACAAUUUCUGUGUUAAAGUUGCGGAUUUUGGGCUCUCCAGACUCUUCCCUCCUAAUGUCACUCAUGCCAGCACUACACCUCAAGGAACACCUGGAUACGUUGAUCCAGAUUAUCAUGAGUGCUAUCAGCUAACUUAUAAGAGUGAUGUUUAUAACUUCGGGGUUGUUCUUAUCGAACUCGUAUCAUCAAUGCCUGCUCUGGACAUGCGUAGGCAUACAGAUGAAAUCCAUUUGGCAAAACUAGCAAUGAGCAAGAUUGUAAAAGGAGCAUUUGAUGAACUCAUUGAUUCCUCUCUGGGAUAUGAGAAGGAUACUGAAAUCAAUAGAAUGACCACAUCAGUGGCAGAGCUAGCUUUUCAAUGCUUGCAACCUGACAAGGAUAUGAGGCCUACAAUGGAACAUGUUUUGGAGUCACUAAAGGAGAUUCAAGGCAAUGAGUUGAGCAAUGAUGACGGGAGGGUGAAUUGUGAGGAAACUAAUGUGGCUAAAGAGGAGGUGCGACGAAAAGCAAUGCGAUGGACAUGGGGUGGUUCUUCACUUGCAGAUGGUGUGAUUAUGAAGCAUGUUGAAGCUACCAAGAGCAGUUCUUGAAGUCACUGGAACUGGCAAUUGCCUUCUUACUACUCCGUAUAUGGGAUUUGUAAUAACAGAGUAUUUUAUUUCAUUUUCUUAUCAAACCUAUGAUUAUUGUACUAAUGUACUUAUUAUUCUCUC